AUCGAUGCGGAGCGACGUGUGGGUGUGAGCGGAAUUGACUGCUUGCGCCUGUCUGUUUACCGCGGGCGGGCGGGCGGGCGGGCGGACUGCGGGGCGCGAGCGGGCGAUGAGCGCGCGGUGAAGGAGCGCGAGGCGGACGCAUCCAACCGUCGCCAUGACCAACGUAUAUUCUUUCGAUGGGCUCCUGGUCUUUGGCUUGCUUUUUAUAUGCACUUGUGCAUACUUAAAAAAAGUUCCACGGCUGAAUAAAUGGUUACUUUCUGAAAAGAAAGGGGUAUGGGGUGUAUUUUACAAAGCUGCAGUAAUAGGAACAAGGCUUCAUGUACCUGUUGCACUCUCUUGCCUUGUCACGGGUGUUUACGUUUUGUUUAUUAAAUGACACCGGUAGUCCAAAGUUGACCCUGACUCUGAGAGGAACAAUACAUUUUGCAGAACCAUUCAACAAGGAGUAAGAUCAGAGAAUGGUUUAUUUCUGUAAAAGAAUCAAACACUAUACCAUUUACUCUUGUGCAAUCCUGGAGGUGCUUGGAUGGAAUGCAAGCCGAUGGAAAAGUAGUUAGGAGCCGAUAUAUGUGCAUGGUCUGUAUUAAAGAUGCAACAACCAUCAAAUCUUCUAUCUCACUUUAAAACGUUGUGAAGGAUGAGUCAGAUCAUAAAACAAGAUAUUUGAUUAUUUUAGUUUUAAAGGAAGUAUUUAUGUCAUUUGGUAACCGUGCUAAAUUUAUCUUUAUAAUUGAAGUAACCAAAGUAAUUUUAGUUUCGUUUCUAAGUUUAUUGGUAUACCAAGUUUCCAUGUUUAAUUAAAUAUUUGUUUUUACUUUUUUUGUCUCAGAUAAUGAGAUUGUUGUAUCUUGUUCCAGUUGGCUGCUUCCUAAAAUGAUGUGCAUUAAAGGUUAAUAAUAAAGUUAAUGCUCUAUUCAGAAUUUAGUGCUGAAAAGUUUUUAAAUUUGGCAAACUUGAAGAGAGAAUAUAAUUUUUGUUUUAGUUCCAGUGAAUCUGUAAAUGACAUUGCGGGGAGAAGAAUUCUGUUCACCCGCCUUGAAUAAUUAGUUAUGCCAGGUGCAUGGUGACUGCAUCGGUGAUUGAAAGUUAAAGUGGUGAUUUUCUGAAUGUUGUCUCAUUCAAGUUGCCUGUUCUUUCCUUUUAAAUAGAUGUGUAGUAUAUAUUCAAGGAAAAUGUUAACUGCACUUUGAGACAUUAAGAUUUUGGACAGGGAAAAAAAAUAAAACAACCAUUGCGUGGAAAAUUUGAUUUCAAAUA